AUGAAAUAUAAUAAUUCUUAGCAAAAUAGAAUGAAAAAAGAUGAGAGAACUACUAAGUUUAAUAAAGACUAAAUUAAUUAAGGCGAAUUAAUUUUUAGAUAGGAAGGAAAGGAUAAUAAAAAGUAAAAGGGAAAAAUAAAGGACUAAUUCAAAGAUACUGUUGGAAGGUCGAAAGCAUAAUUAAAAGAAAAAAGGAUAAAAAUUAAUCUAAAAUCAAAUAUAAAAAACAAAGACAUAAGUAAAGAAAUGAGCCAAUAAAAGCCUCAAUUAGUCCAAACUUUCGGCAGAAAGAAAAACGCCGUCGCUGUUGCCUCCGUCAGACCUGGUAAGGGUCUCCUCAAGGUCAACGGUUCCCCCAUUGAUAUGAUCAACCCCUAGAUCCUCCAAGCUAAGAUCUACGAACCCAUCCUCUUACUCGGUCAAUAGAAGUUCGCUAACCUCGACAUUAGAAUCAGAGUUAGAGGUUCUGGUUACACCUCUUAAGUCUAUGCCAUCAGACAAGCUCUCUCCAAGGGUAUCGUUGCUUACCACGCUAAAUACGUCGAUGAAAACUCCAAGAGAGAAAUCAAGGAAUAAUUGAUGCAAUACGACAGAUCCCUCUUGGUUGCCGAUCCCAGAAGAAUGGAACCCAAGAAGUGUGGUGGUAGAGGUGCCAGAUCUAAAAUGCAAAAGGCUUACAGAUGA